AAAAGUGGGAGACACCUCUCCCUCUUUGCGGUGCACCAUAUUUGCUUUCAAAUCAGCACGGACCAUCAUUUUUUUUGGUCACAUGUGGAGUUUGUGGACUGAACUCAAGAGGGACAACUGGUUGUAGGGCAUCUUGAAAGCUUUUGGACAAUGCGAGAAGACAACUCCUCCCCGAUGGACAGUGCAGGGAACAGUGAGGAGGAGACCGAGCGGCAGCUGCCGCGGAGGGGCGCCAGGAAGCGGCGGGCUGCGACGCGCAGGAGCGCAGACGAACUGGACGAAGGCUUGGACGUGGAGAUUCCCAAGAAGAGACGUAGAAAGAGUUGUGACCGUGGAGGCGGUAGUAGCGGAGGCGGCGGUGGCAGCGUGGCAAGCAGCGAGACCAGCAGCAGCCCCGCUCGCUCCAUCGACGACCUGCAGAACCAGCGCGUCAUGGCCAACAUCCGAGAGCGCCAACGCACGCAGUCUCUCAACGAGGCUUUCACGUCGCUCCGGAAAAUCAUCCCCACACUGCCGUCGGACAAGCUUAGCAAAAUACAGACGCUCAAACUGGCCGCGCGCUACAUCGACUUCCUGUGUCAGGUUCUGCAAAGCGACGAGUUGGACGCGCGGGGAUCCAGCUGUAGCUACGUGGCGCACGAACGUCUCAGCUAUGCCUUCUCCGUGUGGAGAAUGGGGGACGCCUGCUCCGUGUCGACCACAACCCACUAGCGGGGCUACACUGGAACAGCAUGAUCAUGUGGCUCAGUCCAACUCUCCUGAAGACGGAACCAUGGAAAAGUGCAGCUGAGGCCCAGCUGUGAGCUUCAUUCCUCCUCCGAGAGCGGGAUGUGCGAUAUUUCCCGUUGCAGGGACUGUUAUGUUUGCAAGGGAGCACUUAUAGGACAAGACGGAUAUGAAGAAAGACCACUGCGACUAUAUGAAUGUUGUAACAACAAAAUGAACUGAGGAAAUGUUUUGAAACGAGAGAGAAACAACACAAUUCCUUUUACAUUCCUCGUGACAAUGUUUCACAGCAAAUGGAGUAUUUGUAUUUAUUUUUCUACUGGUGAGAAAUCCGUUUGCCCCAAUUAAAUCAGAGGUAUUUAUUUUGGGGGUAUCACAGAAUGCUGUAUGGAUCUGUAGUCUGCACAUUCUGAACGUUGUAAAUAUUUGCUAAUAAACAAAUGAAAGUAA